CCAACACCAUGCUGAACGCUGAUGACGGAAAGCCGGUGAAGAGCGGCGGCGGCCGCCAAAGCAAGCGCCGCAACGAACGCAUUCGUACCUUCUACAAGAUCAACAACAACGCGCUAAAAUCGAGGGAGAAGCUUCCGCAGGAAGAGAUUGCUGCGUAUGUGACCCACAUUGACAACAAGUGCUUGGCAAAAUUCGGCGUGAUGAAGCUGUCCAAGUACGAUCUCAACGUAUCUUGUGCAGUGGCACAAGACAAUGAGACGCCGUUGUCGCUGCUUGGCUACGCGGCGAUCCAUUCACCCCACGUGUGCCUGUCGUUGCUUUACGCAGGAGCCGACCCUUCGUACGACUGCACCAGUGAUGUUGUUGUUGACCCAGAGUCCCGCGCGUUGUUACUUCGAUACCCUAUUCAGUAUAUCGUCUGGAUCAUCUCGUUGCUGGCAUUGUCCACAAGUCGCCUCCACGGUGGGUCAUGCGCACACUGCAACGACACUUUAACAGUCCUCGUUUUGCUGUCGCCAUGUCGCCAUGCCGUCUGCCAACGCUGCUUUUGGUCGCACGUGUCUCAACUCCUCAUUGAUCAAGACCUGACGUGCCCUCGCUGCCUCGGCGAAGUGGCGAACGCCGCGUCCAAGUGUGGGCUCCGACCAGUACCUCCUGUCGCCACGCCACUCGAAAUCUCCCUCAAGUCCCUGGACGCGUAUUCCCAUUUGUCUCCUAUCCCCCCGAAGGGCCACAAGAACGUCAAGCCCGCCAUCGAACCGCUCCCUCUCUGGCGCGCUCUCCACUUGUACGUGGGACUCACCCCAAAGCAACGCGACGCCGAGAUGUUCAAGGCCGUCCUGGCCAAAAAUGCCGGUCGACUCGAAGCGUUGGUGCAAGAAGGAGUCGAUGUCAAUUGCCGCAACGAAUAUGGUCAAACACCGUUGUUUGUGGCGGCAUGGAUGGGGGAAUCCAGAGUCGUGCACGUCCUACUCGCGUCUGGCGCUGCCGCCGACGUCACCGACAACGCUGGCACGUUUCCUCUUCAAUGCGCGUUGGCAAAUGGCCAUGGCGCGGUGGCGUCGCAACUUUUGGAGGCCGCGCCAUCAACCUUUUGCAGUCGAGACGACCCUGGACCGAGUGCUGUCUUGAACACCACAACGCCAAGCGAUCGGUUCAUCGAACUAAUUCCCUUGACGUCGUUGCAUCCAGGGGCUGGCAGCGGGUACUACGACAAUAUCUUUUCGGAAGCGUUCUUGGAGCGCCUCGAAUCGCUCCAUCGCGACCUCCCUGUUGCGCCCAAAGAGAAAGCGUCGUGUUCGAAUCGAUCGUACUACUGCGACGCGCUUGGCUGGGUCAUGGACGGAAUCCGCCGUGCUUGCGGUCGUGCCGUCUUCCCCAAUAUGCGCUUCCUCCAUUACACAGACGUCGGAGGCAGUUUACCGGCACAUGUUGAUUUGUCUCGCACCGACAACCAUGGCGUGACAUCUACGAAGACAUUUAUCAUCUACCUCUCCACAUGCGCCAGUGGCGGAGAGACCAAUCUUCUCACCUCGAUCCACGCAAAGGACCACAAUAUCUUGGCGGCGGUCAAGCCUCGCCGCGGCAGACUGCUAAUCUUUCCCCACUUGUGUCCACACGAAGGCGCCGUCGUCGAGCAUGUCCCCAAGCUGCUUCUUCGCGGCGAAAUGUACUAACAGUUCAUUUAUCGGGAUUAUCAGAGUGUUGGUCGUGUUUAUCCGGAAA